AAUGAGGAUGAAGAUUGGAUAUGAGUAUUUAAGUGCGAUAAUUAUAGGAGAAGGGCCAAAAGAGUUUGUAGUACGCCCCUUGUGUCCUAGGUUCUUUGGAAAUUGGGAGGACGCUUUUUACCAUUUAUAUAAAAUGUGUGCAGACCUUGUUAUAAGCAAAGUUGUUCGCACAAUUUAAUGAUUUGACA